AUCCAUCAAAACCUAAAACACACAUUAAGGCUUUAAUUUGAUUCUUAAGAUGAGACCUGCUCUUGCUUUACUGCCUCUCUUGCUUUUCUUGUUUGCAACAACUAUGGAAUCAAGAAAAGAUCCAGGAACACACUCAAAACUUGUCAUGAAAGACCGAGAUACAAAAGAAGAUAUUCAAGUACUCCUUAACAACAAUGCUAAAAAGAAUCUCAAGACCCAAAAACCUAAUGAUCUUCUUUAUGGAGACAAUGAGAUUGAUGCAAAGGCAAACAAGGGAGCCAAUAAAGAUUUUGAACCAAGACCUAACUUUUUUCUUUACGGAGACAAUGCGAUUGAUGCAAAGGAAAACAAGGUGGCCAAUAAAGAUUUUAAACCAAGACCUAACUUUUUUCUUUAUGGAGAAAAUGGGGUAGAUGCAAAGGAAAACAAGAGGUCCGGUAAAGAUUUCGAACCAAGACCUAACUUCUUUCUUUAUGGGGAAAAUGGGGUAGAUGCAAAGGAAAACAAGAGGUCCGGUAAAGAUUUCGAACCAAGACCUAACUUUUUUCUUUAUGGGGAAAAUGGGGUUGAUGGAGAGGAAAACAAAGAGGCGACUAAAGAUUUUGAAUCAAGGCCUAACUUUUUUCUAUAUGGAAAAAAAGAGGUUAAUACAAAGGAAAACAGGGGGGUCAAUAAAGAUUUUGAACCAAGACCUAGUUUUUUUCUGUAUGGGGAAAAAAGGGUCGAUACAGAGAAAAACAAGGGGGCCACUAAUGAUUUUGAACCAAGACCUAAUUUUUUUCUUUAUGGAGAAAAUGGUGUUAAUGCAAAGGAAAACAAGGGGGCCACUAAAGAUUUUAAUCCAAGACCUAACUUUUUUCUUUAUGGAAAAAAUGGGGUAGAUGCAAAGGAAAAUAAGGGGUUCAUUAAAGAUUUUGAACCAAGACCAAACUUUUUUCUGUAUGCGGAAAAUGGGGUUGAUGCAGAGGAAAAUAAGGAGGCCACUAAAGAUUUUGAACCAAGACCUAACUUUUUUCUAUAUGGAGGAAAAAGGGUUGAUACAAAGGAAAACAAGGGGUCCAUUAAAGAUUUUGAAUCAAGACCUAACUUUUUUCUUUAUGGAGAAAAAGGGGUUGAUACAAAGGAAAACAAGGGGACGGCUAAAGAUUUUGAACCAAGACCUAACUUUUUUCUUUAUGGAGAAAACGAGGUUGAUGCAAAGAAAAAUGAGAGGACUACUAAAGAUUUUGAACAAAAAUCUAACUUUUUGCUUAAUGGUGACAAUGAGAUUGAUGCAAAGGAAAAUACGGUUGGCACUAAAGAUAUUGAACCCAGACCUAACUUUUUUCUUUAUCGAGCCAAUGGUAAUGAUGCAAAGGAAGACAAGGUGAUCACCGAUGAUUUUAAACCAAGACCUAACUUUUUUCUUUAUGGAGACCAUGUUACUGAUGUUAAGGAAAAGAAGGAUUUUGAGCCCAAGUCAAGUGUCGCUAAAUAUGAUGCAUAAACCGUAAUAAUGAAAUAGAAUGCAACUAAUGUAACAUAUUUAAAUAAGUUGUUGCUGCUAUAUUUCAAUGAUUACUAAGUAUGUAUGUGAUGUAUUAUGCUUUUUGAAUAAUUGUAUGUGAUGACAGUCAGUCAUUAGUUA